AUGCCCCAAUAUGACUUGGGGUGGGCCCGCGCAAAGCUCAGUGAUGACCGGGCGGCACCGGUGCUGGAGAAGAUGAACGCUGACCUGAAGCCGGGCAAUGCGAAGGCGGCAAAGCUGACGGGGGCCAUGCUCCUGAGGGAGUUCCUGAUGCUGCGGGUGGCCCCGCUUCAGGCGCGCUCACGCCCCUUGUGGACGCUCGGGGGUGAGGAGGACAAGCUUCGCCUGAGCCCGGUAGCCUUGUCUGACGAGGAGCUGGCUGUAGCUCUCCGCCUCUUAGUCGGGGACGACCAAGAGUAUCCGCCGAGUACCAUCGUUCCCUUGUUCCAUCGCAAGGACGGGGCGCAGGUCGCGGCCGCCAUGCCCACCUUCGGCGAGCGCGGCCUCGUGCCGCCGGCGCCCCUUGUGGUCCCGGAGGCGACAGUGCCGGUGCUCGUGUCUUCCAGCAACAUCCUCCGCACCCUUCGUGACGACGACGAGGCCGACGUCCCCCAGGAGAAGGAGGAUCAGCCCGUGAUCCCGACGAGGGACAGGUCAGCACUGAUCUCCCGAGAUGCUGCUUCUGCUCGGACGCCACCUGGAGCUGCUUCCGGCCCAUCUGCUGCUCCUUCUUCUGCUCCUGGAGCCCGUGCGCCCGUGCCCCAGGCCGUGAGGCUCUCGGGCUUCAAGCUUAGCAAAAGGAGGGUGGACAACGCUACGGUAGACCAGCCGCCACCUGUGGCGAAGAAGAGGAAGGAGGACACGGUGACACCGCCCGGGGCUGAUCCAUCCGCGGCGGCCGCACCUCCCUCCGUGGGGAAGGGGAGCGACAGCGCUCGCACCUCCCUAGCCCAGUCGGCCUCGCGAGGCCCGGAAGGGCAUCCUCGUGAGGAGUCAGCCCCCGUGGCCCUGCUGGCUCCGGAGGCGCUGAUGCCCGGCGCGGGUGCUGAGAUACCCAAAGCUCAGGAGCCACCAGCCUCCCAAGCCAUGGUGACGUUGUCGCCUCUUCCUCCUCCCGCUGCACCGCUGGUUCCAAGUCCUUCCGCCUCCCCUGACAUCUUGGAGCGUGCCCUUUCUGAGAUGACCCGGCUGCGAGAAGAUCUCCAGGGCGCCGAACCCCACCUGGCAGCUGGGCGCCUGAAGCUGGUCUCUGGCUGGCUUCAUUCUGACGUGUCCGUUCGGGCGGUGCUGAGCCAGGCCGUAGCAACCUCCGAGGGGGAGAAACAGGCUGCUGCCCAGGCAGCAGCUGCUUGCGAGGCGGCAAUGAAGGACGCCAAGGCCGCCCAGGAUCGUUGUCGGGCGUUGGAGGCUGAGCUGAAGGCCCUGCGGGACAAGCGUGCAGAAGAAGCUCGUGGUCGGAAAGUGGAGGAGGAGAAGAUGAAGGCCCGGGAGGAUGCCGUCAAGGGCCGUGACGCCGAGCUGGCGCAGGCCAUUGAGCGUGGCUGGCUGGAGGAGCUGGAGCAGAACGUGAAGGCGGAGAAGCCCGAGCUUGAUGCCAAGGUGAAGGUCCUGGCCGAGGACCGCGUGGCCUUUGCGCUCUUCGAGGAGAGGUCUCGCACGACGUUGAAGGCACUCUAUAAGAAGGGCCUGGAGAAGGUGCUGACCACUGACGAGGACGUCCCCGCCCAGCUGCUUCCCUACUUGGUCGAGGCACUUGAGGAAGUCGUGAGCGGCAUCGGCCCCAUGGCAGAAGAAGAAGCUCGCGUCCUUUCUUCAGCUGCGCUGACGCGCGUCUUUAGCCACCCCCAUCUUCGCGAUCCUACCACCCGCCUUGACGAGCUUCUUGAGCCUGUGAACGACGAGCACUGCGCAGCUGCUGCCGCAUCCGUGAAGGGUCAGGUGGAGGCCCUGCUGAAGAAGUUCCGCGCUUUCGCUCGUGCGCCUUUGACUGAUGGUGCCACCAAUCCUGCAGCCCCGGCCGGUGGUGCAGGUGAAGGCGACGCCACCAAGGAAGGAGCAUCCUUUGGGGGGGCCGGUGGUGUCCAGGGAUGA